UUGCACAGCCGGUAAACAUCUGUUUUCUAUUGUUUUUAUUUCUCUCGGUUAUUUAACGCGCCUUUAAAAUGAGUUUUUUGUGGAAAGGACGGCGGUUUCUGAUCGCCGGCAUUCUCCCAGGUAUUGAACGCAGCGCAGACGAUAUUGUAGACAAGGAAAACAAAACCUACAAAGCUUUCCUGGCCAGUAAAAGGCCAGAGGAAACCGGACCGGAGCGCCUCAAACAAAUGUUUACAAUCGACGAGUUCGGCAGUAUAUCCUCCGAACUGAACUCUAUUUACCAAGCCGGCUUCAUGGGCUUCCUUAUUGGGGCAAUUUACGGCGGAGUUACACAAUCGCGCGUGGGCUACAUGAAUUUCAUGGAGAACAACCAGGCGACCGCCUUUAAAUCUCACUUUGACGCCAAGAAAAAGCUGCAGGACCAGUUUACAGUCAACUUUGCCAAGGGUGGCUUCAAAUGGGGCUGGCGCGUGGGUCUUUUUACCACCUCCUACUUCGGAAUCAUCACCUGCAUAUCGGUUUACCGUGGAAAAUCCUCUAUUUAUGAAUACCUGGCGGCUGGAUCAAUCACCGGCUCCCUGUACAAAGUGAAUCUGGGUCUGCGGGGCAUGGCGGCAGGUGGAAUCAUUGGAGGAUUUUUGGGCGGAGUGGCUGGAGUCGCCUCCCUGCUGCUCAUGAAGGCAUCCGGUACUUCCAUGGAGGAGGUGCGCUACUGGCAGUACAAGUGGAGACUCGAUCGUGACGAGAACAUCCAACAGGCCUUCAAAAAACUGACGGAGGACGAAACUCCGGAGCUGUUCAAAGCUCACGACGGAAAAGUACCCGAACAAGUUUCCCUCGACUCGGUCAAGUAAGUCCCGAGUUUAAGAAGUAGUCGCCAAUGUAAACUUAGUUGAGUUUUUUUAAUUUAAAUAAAUUGCAAAUAUGUCCAUCUAAA